CCGGCGUGGUCGAAUGGUGGUGUAAGGCGCUGCCGCAGACAAACGCGCGCGCUAGUCAUUAGAAAAGUCGUAGCACCGCUCAGUUGCAAGCCGCACUUCGUGCCGUACACAGGUUUGCCGAGCGCUCCGGAAAAGAAUGUAGUGAACACAAAAAACAGUGCGCAUCACACACAGAGGGCCGAGGGUUUUUGUACGUCUAUCCUACUAUACGAGUGGCGGAGUGUGUAAGUGCGUGCGUGCGUGCGUGCCAGCGAGUGUGUGUCUCUUGUGUGCGUGCGUGUGUGUGUGUAUGCACUUAAAGUGAUUCAGAGUUUUCGUGUAUUGAUUAUCACCAGCCCAUCAGCUGUGUUUUGUUGUGUGGAAUUGUUUGGUGGAGUGGCGAGCGAGAGCGCAUUCAGGUAAAGACGGAUAGCAAUCUCGUCGCCCGCUUCCCGUACGUGCCGUUCGAACCGUGCCCGAAAUAAAAUCAUCAUUCGUCGUGGUUGUGAUUAGAUCGAAGAGCUCACAGCGAGCGCCAUGGAGGCACAGAAGCGCAAGGAGCGCGAACCGUGCCCACGGCAGAAGGCCAACUUUCUGUCGUACAUCAUCUUCGGCUGGACGAUACCGAUCUUCUUCAAGGGCUACAAGAAGGAGCUAAACACGGACGAUCUGUACCAGCCGCUGCGCGAGCACAAAUCCGACGGGCUCGGCGAUCGGCUGUGCGAGGCGUGGGAAAAUGAGCAGAAGCAGGCGCGCAUGAAGAACCGGAAGCCGAAGCUGCUGCGGGCCGGUUUUCGCGUGUUUGGCUGGGAAAUAGCGCUGCUCGGGCUGGUGCUGCUGACGCUGGAAAUGCUCUUCAAAGUAUCGCAACCGUUUUUCCUUGGCAAGUUGGUCGCUUACUACUCCCGCCAGCAGGGUGACAUUACGGAGGCGUACCUGUAUGCCGGUGCGGUCGUCCUCUGCAGUGCCAUCAACGUGCUGUUCAUCCAUCCGUACAUGCUGUCCCAGCUGCAUCUCGGCAUGAAGCUGCGCGUGGCCGCCUGCAGCAUGAUCUACCGCAAGUCGCUUCGGCUGAGCAAAACGGCACUGGGCGACACGACCGCCGGACAGGUGGUGAAUCUCCUAUCGAACGACGUGGGUCGACUGGAUCUUGCCGUGCUGUUUGUGCACUACCUUUGGAUCGGGCCGCUCGAAACGCUCGUUGUAACGUACCUGAUGUACCGCGAGAUUGGCUAUUCCGCCAUCUACGGUGUACUGUUUUUGUUACUGUUUAUCCCACUGCAAGCGUACCUGGGCAAGAAGACGUCGGAGUUGCGCCUGCGCACGGCGCUGCGUACGGACGAGCGAGUACGGCUGAUGAACGAGAUCAUUCAGGGCAUUCAGGUGAUUAAGAUGUACACAUGGGAGCGUCCGUUCGCUGCGCUGGUCGCGAUGGCAAGAAAGAAGGAAAUCAAAGUGAUUCGCUACGUUUCGUACAUCCGCGGCAUACUGCUGUCCUUCAUCAUGUUCACGACGCGCGUGUCCAUCUUUCUCAGCCUGGUAGCGUACGCGCUGGCCGGCCAGGUGGUGACGGCGGAGAAAGCGUUCGCCAUUACCGCGUACUACAACAUCCUCCGCACGACGAUGACGAUUUUCUUCCCGCAAGGCAUUGGCCAGUUUGCGGAAGCGCUCGUAUCCGUCCGGCGCAUCCAGAAGUUUAUGCAGUACGACGAAAUCGAAAGUGCGGAAGGUGUUUCCAUGGUUGGUGGAGAUGGAAAGGACGCAUCUUCCUCCUCGUCGUCCGAUCUGCAGGAGAAGAAACCGGACGCUGAUCCGCUGUCCCUCCCGAACAGCAAGUUCAUUCGCCACUCGGAAUCGGACGGGCUGAAGGAACCGGCAGCAGUGAACAAUCACCACCAGCAGCAUCAUCUUUCCGAUGCGGGUGUGAUCGUGGAGAAGGCGGUCGCCCGUUGGGAUGCGAAAGCGACCGAGCUUACGUUGGACGGGGUCGAUCUGCACGUACAGCCAGGGACGCUCGUAGCCGUCAUUGGACCGGUCGGUGCCGGCAAGUCUAGCCUGAUCCACGCCAUCCUAGGCGAGCUGCCGCUCGAGUCCGGCAGCAUCAAGGUGAACGGGAACGUUUCGUACGCCUCCCAGGAACCGUGGCUGUUCUCCGGCACUGUUCGCCAGAACAUCCUCUUCGGCCUGCCGAUGGAUCGCGAGCGCUACAAGCAGGUGGUGAAAACGUGCGCCCUCGAGCGCGAUUUCCACCUGUUUGCGGACGGCGACAAAACGAUCGUCGGCGAGCGCGGUGUAUCGCUGUCCGGCGGGCAGAAGGCACGCAUCAGCCUGGCCCGGGCGGUGUACCGGCGGGCGGAGGUGUACCUGCUCGACGAUCCACUCAGCGCAGUUGAUUCGCACGUUGGCCGGCACCUGUUUGACCACUGCAUGCGCGACUACCUGCGGGGCAAGAUCGUGAUACUGGUGACGCACCAGCUGCAGUACCUGCAGAACGCCGACCAGAUCGUCGUGAUGAUGCACGGCCGGGUGGAGGCGGUCGGGACGUACGAUAAGCUGCGCGAAAGUGGGCAGGACUUUGCCCAGCUGCUGGCGGCCCCGUCCGGCCGGGAGGACGACAGCACCGACACGGAGUCGAUCAAGCGGUCGGGCAGCCUGUACAAACGGCAGAACAGCGAAUCGAGCAUGGACUCGGCCGUGGCGGACGGCGAGGGCCCGGAGGCGAAAGCGACCGAGGAGCGGCAGAAGGAGGGCUCGAUCGGGUACGACGUGUACCGGGCGUACUUUAGGGCGAGCGGUGGCAACCUGGUGGUGGUGCUGAUACUGUUCAUGUUUCUGCUGUCGCAGCUGAGCGCGUCCGGGGGCGACUACUUCCUGACGUACUGGGUGAACAAGGCGGAAGAGAAAGCGCCGGCCGCUGCCGGCGGGGACGGUGGCGCCGCGGGAGCAACGUUUAGUGCGCUGGCCAACGGGACGGCAGAAGAGUUCAACGAAACUACCACGUUUGAGCCGCCGGCAGUAACCACGGCCGUUACGACGGGCGCGGGCGGAAUCGGCGUGUUCUUUACCGCCAUCCGGCAGAUGUUUGCGUCGGGCGAUGAGGAGGAGGACCGGUACAUUGACAUCUACAUCUUUACGGCGCUAACGGUGGCGACGGUUGUGAUAACGCUCACGCGCAGCAUGUUCUUCUUCAGGACGGCAAUGAAAGCUUCGCGCAAGCUGCACGACGCCAUGUUUAAUGGCAUUACGCGCGCCUCGAUGUACUUCUUCAACACGAAUCCGUCCGGGCGCAUUCUGAACCGCUUCUCGAAGGACAUGGGCCAGAUCGACGAGUACCUGCCGAGCGUAACGGUGGACGUGAUACAGAUCUUCCUGUCGCUGAUCGGUAUCGUGGUGGUGGUCGCGAUCGUCAACCCGUACAAUCUGAUCCCGACGGUCGUGAUCGGUAUCAUCUUCUACUUUAUGCGUGCCUUUUAUCUGCUCACUUCACGCAACAUUAAGCGCGUCGAAGCAAUUACACGGUCACCGAUCUACUCCCAUCUGUCGGCGUCCCUGUCCGGCCUGUCCACAAUCCGCGCCUUUGGCGCAGAGAAGGUGCUCGUGCACGAGUUCGACUCCCACCAGGACCUGCACAGCUCCGCCUUCUACCUCUUCAUCUCGACGUCGCGCGCGUUCGGCUUCUACCUGGACGUGUUCUGCGUGAUCUACAUCGCGAUCGUCACGCUAACGUUCUUCAUACGCGGCGACAGCGGCGGCAACGUGGGCCUGGCCAUCACGCAAGCACUCGGCAUGACCGGCAUGGUGCAGUGGGGAAUGCGCCAAUCUGCCGAGCUCGAAAACACAAUGACAUCGGUGGAGCGGGUGGUCGAGUACGAUAACGUCGAUCCGGAACCGGCCCUGGAGGCACCGGCCGACAAGAAACCACCGAAAGAGUGGCCCCAGGAGGGACGGAUUCGCUUCGAGAAGGUGACGCUCCGGUACAGCCCCGACGCGGACAGCGAUUUGGUGCUGCGCGAUUUGCAGUUCGAGAUUGAGCCGCGCGAAAAGAUUGGCAUCGUGGGACGGACGGGUGCGGGCAAAUCGUCCCUUAUUAAUGCGCUCUUCCGGCUGUCCUACAACGGUGGUUCGAUUCUGAUCGACACGCGCGAUACGAGCCAGAUGGGGCUGCACGAUUUGCGGGCGAAGCUGUCGAUCAUCCCGCAGGAGCCGGUGUUGUUCUCGGGCACGCUGCGCUACAAUCUCGACCCGUUCGACGAGUACCCGGACGAGAAGCUGUGGCGUGCGCUGAAGGAGGUGAAGCUGGAGGACGCGGUGAACGAGCUGCCGUCCGGGCUGUCGUCGAAGAUUAACGAGGGCGGAAGUAACUUCAGUGUGGGCCAGCGGCAGCUCGUCUGCCUUGCGCGGGCGAUACUGCGCGAGAACAAGAUACUGGUGAUGGACGAGGCGACGGCCAACGUCGACCCGCAGACGGACAAGCUGAUCCAGCAGACGAUACGGGAGAAAUUCAACGACUGUACAGUAUUGACGAUUGCGCACCGUUUGAACACCGUCAUGGAUUCGGACAAGGUGCUUGUAAUGGACGCAGGUCGUUGCGUUGAGUUCGGCACGCCGUACGAGCUGUUAACCACCGAAGGAGGCCCCAAAGUGUUCUACGGCAUGGUGAAGCAGACGGGCAAGAGCACCUUCAACACGCUGCUUAAGAUCGCCGAGGAGUCUCACAAUCAGAAACUGAAACCGAUAAAGGAGGCUGAAGCAACAGAAUAGAUUACACAGCAGUAGCAGCAGUACCAGUAUAGUUUGUAAGCAUUUUGUACAAGUUCCCAUCGUGAAAAUCUCUUGCACUUCCCGAAAGUAUCUGCAGAAGACAAAGGAGGAUUAUGAUGAUAAUGACGGUUGCAUUAACAUAGUGAAGAAUUAAGGAGCAGCAGACAGCAAGCGCGUGCUGCGUUUAAUACCUCGUGCUUAAAAAGUGGCCUUUACUUAAAGUAAUAAGUAAUCAUUUCGAACAAAUUCUAUUCUGUCCUUAGUGUGGUAGUUACCGGUGUAAGAAGCGGCACACGUCCUCUCAAAGCGGUAGGGUUGUGCACAAUGCGGCGAUUUAUGUUUUGAGUGUGUGUGUGUGUAUCUGUGUAAGUUAAGCAAUAUCCGUUGUGCAUUGUACUUGUUUUUUUAGAGCUACAUUAAGAGAAUUAUUGUAAUGGUGGGAUAGAUGGUAGUCGAGCGACGAAAAGAGUCAUCCCUUAGGGAGCACUAUUUCUCGGCCCUUAUUCUUAAACAAAUGUUGAAUUGAAAGUAGAAGAGAGGUAUGCUUGUAUUUGAGUGUGGUGCGUAGAAAACGGCAUUGGUACUAGAAUGGUGGUUAAUAUACACACUUACUAUACGCUACAGUGUGUAGGUUUUGUUUCCGGUGCCUUAAAAAAACCAUACAAACACAGCUCUUUAGAAUUAGCGCUUAAGUUAUAUGAGGGAAAAAGAAACGCCCGAGAGAAGAGAGUACAGCAGAGAAGAAAGCCAACACACAAACAUGUUCCUCGGAGGACGAAAAUAAAUCAUAUUACAUCGCCGGGGUCUCCCGGUGGCAAAACCGCUGCUGCUGGUUUGUUGCCAUUUGGUGGGGCGGCGAUGAAUUGAUGAAUGGUAGCCGUACACG